CUUACUGCUUCGCUGCCCUAUGCUAGCUCUCACACACACUCACUGGCUUCUGCUCACCCUGACACACACACACACACACACUUUCCUCCCUCUCUCACUGUCGCAGACUCACACUGGUUGGUUCCCUCCCAUACUUGCUGCCUCUCUAUUUCCCUCAGUAUCAUACACACACACACACGCACACACACAUGGGAGCACACACACACAGAGUCAGUCACCGGCAACUCUCAUUCAACUCUCUCUCAGCCACGGGUCAGCAGCUCAGACAGGCAACUUGUUUCUAUCCAGCUGGAAAGAGCAGAGCAGCGCAAGGUGCACACACGCACACGCAUAAAGAUAUACACUCAUCCAUUUGGACUAAACUCAAGAAUUACACUCAUGUUUAUCCUUAAACAUCCUUGGACUGUAUCUACACACCACUGAAGAAGACUUCAGUUCAGGGAGGCACCAGAAGGAUCAGAAUCAAAGAUGGACUUGAGAGAGUGGACUUCAUGUCAGGAGCUGAACGAGUGAUUUCAAAGCUGAAGAUGACAACCAGAGAGACUUGCUUUCAACCCAAAGUGGAGACAGACUAUCAGUGACAUCCAGAGGAUCUGUUGUGAUUACCAUUCCCCUCCCUUCGCUGUCCAGGACUCCCACCCUCCACACUGACAUCUCUUGAUCACCAGCAUGCCUACAGCUUGCACAAGGUGCACCUUGGGAGCCUAACCCACCAUGUGCAAAUGGAUGACAUCCGCAGCUCAUCUUUGCCCUGAACUUACCCUCAGAACAGCCACCACUGCCUCCUUCACUGGGACGCUCAUCCCCCAGCCCAGUGCAUCCUCCUUUGCCCUGGUAUGCCUCACCCUGCUCUUGGUCACCGCUGGCAGCGGAGCCUGUCCUCCUCGAGCAGGGCAUGAAACCCUUCAGGGGCUGGGGAGUGGCACCAACUGUUCAUGGACUUUGGAAAGGCACACUCGUAGUUACAAUCACCUGGAAGGUGACGUCAGACUGCGGCGGCUUUAUUCUGCCAACAAGUUCUUCCUCUGCAUUGACAAAACAGGAAAAGUGGAUGGCACCAGGCGAAAAAACUAUGCCGACAGCUUGAUGGAAAUCCGAUCUGUCAGUGUGGGAGUUGUUGCCAUCAAAUCUGUCAAUACCGGCCUGUACUUAGCAAUGUCCAAGAAAGGCACACUCUUUGGAUCGGUGACGUACAGCCCAAGCUGCAAGUUCAAAGAACGCAUUGAGGAAAACGGCUACAACACGUACGCCUCGCUUCGCUGGAAGCACGGCGGCAGGCAGAUGUUUGUUUCGCUGAAUGGACGCGGGAAACCACGGCGAGGUCACAAGGCUCGGCGAAGGCACCCGUCCACUCACUUCCUGCCCAUGCUUCCCUCCUAGGCAUGUCUGAACUCGUCCAGGCAGCUACCUGGCUCACCUGCCCCCUCACAUUAGUACUGAUCUAGAUGUGACAACAAUCUUUCUGUUUUAUUUAUCCAUCCUCAUGUUGCAUAAAUGUACAUUUGCUGAGCUCUGUAACAUUUUAGAGUUAGAAUAUCUGCUUCUUAAGUUAUUUUCUGCAUAUUUUAAUGAGGUUAAUAUAAUACAGUGCAGUCCGACAAAAGAAAACAAUAUUGUGUUUUUCUUCACAGUUUCCACAUUUGUGUGUGUGUGUGUGUGAAAACUGCAUCGAAAGAUGUGAGAGGUAUUAAGAAAAUGAGCAAUUAGAAAAUUGUUUUUAAUCAGAGUGAAAGGUGAAGACACUGGGGUUUUGCUCUUUUCAUUUUCAAGCAGGUUCGAAGAUAUCAAAAUCUUAAACCAUACACAUCAUUCAGUUUUAGGGUUUAUCACAGAUUAUGUGAACAACCUUCAGAUUAAGAAUAUGUGAAACAAUAAUAGUCACUUCUGUAAACUAAUUGAAGACAUAAAAUUCAAAUUAAAUAAAAAACUAAAUAAAACAACAAAUAAAAAAAUGUGAAAAUAUGUUGCAUAACAUCAUAAGGUGCAAAAUAAUCCUACAGUACAUAUUGCAUAUUGUAGUAGUUUACUGUGUUAAGCACUACUUCAUAUAUUGGUGAAACGUUGUAUUAAACCAUUUUUAUGUUGAAUUUGGUAUUUCUUACUUUAUAAGUCAAAUCACAGUUUAAAAAGAGGAAUGAGUUGAAUCUAAGAGGUCAUGGGGGAAACAAAUCUGACAGUAGGGGUUUGGUGCUGGCCAUUUUGCCCCUUUGUUAUUUCAUGUGUUUUUAGUUUUGUUGAUUUAAAAAAGAAAGAAAUGGUGUAAAACAGAACAUCUUCCAUGGGAUGUUCCAUACUGACCCUACAUCUAUUUGUUCUCCGAAGGGAUAUUUUCUACCAUGCUUGGGCCAUUUUAUUCUUGAAAUAUAACAGAUCAUGAUCCCUAAUCAAACUAAAAUACUCAAAUAACUUCAAUUCAACAUGCUUCGUUGCAUGACUUUGAGUAUAUAAUAGAAAAUUACUUUUAAUAAUCAAAUUUAAAAGAGGGUGCCAAACAUCCCCAAAGUGGGUACAGUUUGAUGCACAAAGCAUACAAUCCUAUUUUGUAUCCUAAAAAGUCAUGAAGAAUUGCAAUGACCAGCAAUUCUCCAUAUAUUAGAGAAGAACAGAACGUGAGGUAAUCAAAGAGCUGAUAUCAUUUAAUACCCUUUGUAUACGUCUGUGUAUUUCUGUCAGACCUCAUCUAACUCUCAGCCAAUAGAUGAUAGUUUAAAAGGCAGGAACAUAAACCACACAGCAUGUCCCUAACUUGCUGGUACUGUACAUGUUUGUACUGCAACACAAACAUGGUAUUCCAUAUGGAGCAGACUCCAUAAACCAUAUACCACCAUAAACAUUCAAGCUGAGUAGUAAAUAGUUUAAUCCAUACUGCCUCUCUGUAAAGACUUGCUAACCCUAGAAAACACAACUGUUGCUUAUAGAACAUUUAAUAUAUUUAACACUAUUCUUACUCUUUAACUCUUAAAGUUGAUGUAUAUUGUUAUUUUUGACUCUUUUGUUGGACUCCAAGCAAAAUAGCUAUAUUCAAGUUUUAUGUUUGGCUCAGUUUGUAUGAUAUUACUGCUGGAUAUUGGUACAUUAGUGAUCCACUUACUGUAUGAAGCACAGCUUAUUGGUCAGUUGUAUGUAAAGUUGCAUCCUUAGAAAACAAUCCUAAAAUCCAUCUAAGCCAAGUCAUUUCAGUGCCUUCGUGCAAG